GGUGCGCGUCCGAAGGCGCCACAGUAGCCGCCCGGGCGCCGCCUUCGCGGGUUUUUGUUUACGAGCACGAACGGCGGAAGCGACGGCGACGGCGGCGGCAGCAGCAGCAAUGGACCCGCUGCGAGGCUGAGCCAUAACCCCGGAGACGAUGAGGGAUAAGGAGCAGAAGAAAGGGCGCACUUGGCUCGAGGCGGCGCGCAUGGUGCUUGAAAAACACAAGAAUGCUCCCAUGAGCCAAAAGGACAUUCUCAACUUCAUUCAGAAGGACAAGCUCAAAGAGAUCAGUGGCAUGUUGCUUUCUGCAGUGGUGUGAAUUACCCGCUGAAUGUGCUGGGUGCCAUGCUGUAUUCUAAUGCUCGGACCACCAGCGGCAUUUUCUACAAAGUUCCAGGAAAACUGGGGGUUUAUAAGCUCAAAAAAUCCGCGCCUAAGAAGAAGAAGAAGCCGCAGUCAAAGAAGCCGAAUAAAUGUGGAGGCUCACAGGGGGCUAAGGGCGUGAAUAACAGCAAAUGUAACUCGGCCACGCCGGGCAGGGAGAGCGGGAGUCGGGCAGCACACGCGCCGGAACGCGCCUCCCAAGCGACCAUCAACACAAGGGCACGCACCAUGAUCAAGCGCAGAGUGUCGUCACGGCUGGCCUUGAGACGGAGCCUGGCCCAGUCGGGAGGUGCGGUCCCAUCGGCCUCUCCGGGGCGGCCAGUGUCCGUCAGCCAGCAGCACUCGCGCAAGGCUCUUAAGCAGGCACUGAAGCGGCAGCAACAGCAGACCCAGCGCCGUGGCGUGGUGGUGUCGGCCGGCAAGCUCAUGUCCCGGCUCAUCCUCACGAGCUGCGGCACUUCUGAGCACACCCCACCCCCUUCGUCCAAUGGCAAGGUGGAGCAGAACAACAACUCGAACAGCAACUCGCUCCGGGCUCCCGCGCUCGCGCAGACCACGUCGCUCGCCAUCAAGAGGAGGCUCCCGUCUCGGCCUGACAAGCUGGAUGCCGGCGAGUUCAAGCGCGGCAAGGACUCCGGCAUGGACGUGGAGAGCCCCGACUCUGUGCUGGUCAACAUCGACCUGAAGGCGCUCAUCAACCGGCACACCUUCGCAGCGCUGCCCAGCUGUAGCCAGCGCACACUGCUCUCCCUACUGCCGCUCGGGGAUGGGCAGGCCACGGAGAACGGAGUGAGUCUCAAGAGCACGGCCCUCAACAAUGAGUUCUUCAAUUUUGCAGCUGGGGAGUGGACGGAGAGGCUGGGGGAAGGUGAGUUUACGCCUGAGAUGCAGCUACGGAUGAGACAAGAACAAGAAAAGGCGAAGCCCGUUGAGCAAUGGAAGGAGCGCUUCUUCGAAAACUACUACGGGGAAAAGUCUGGCUUAACAAAAGAAGAGUCGAGGCAGCUCGUGGAGGGACACUGCGAGUUUUACUUGAGCCCAAAGCACGAGGCCGCCUCUCCAAAUAAUGAAACCCCCAACGGAUCGGACGAGAAGCCCGGGAGGCGAUCGGGGUCCAAGACGGAAAUCUACGCUGCGAACUCUGCGCUGCCGCUGUGGAAGGCGCUGGGCUUUGUGAAGGAGCCUCCGUGGAUGGUCGGCGGGCCCCUGGUCGCCUGGCUGCAGAAGCUGUGGCAAGAGCAGCCGCCCCCUCUCAACGGCCGCUCCCUGCGCAGGACCUCCGAGAGACGGUCCGAGGCGAAAAACGACUGCAAGGCGAGCACCGCUGCCCCGGCGCUGGGCAAACUGGCCGCCUGCGACGAAGGCCGGCCGACGAGGUUGCCGGCGAGACGGAAACGGACGUCGGAAGCGAGCGGCGAGUCGACGAGGUCGCACGCGAAGGUCAGGCUGACGAGGUCUUCGGCACUUGCCGAGGAAAUGGAUAGGACGCUUUCGCAGCCGCCACUGGCAAGGACACCGGAGGGAUUUGCGCCCGGCAACAACAGGGUGGCGGCGUUUGCAAAGAGGAGCAGGGACAGCCCGGCGGCGAUGGUGCCACCGCAGAACCACCUGGUGGCUCUGAUGUCGCCGCACGAGAACCCGCACAGCGCUCACGGCCGCCCGCACCCCGCGCUCAUCUGGGAGGCGAGCGAGGCGCAAGCGCCGGCCCACAGCAUCAUCAGCUGCCAAGAUGGCAAACGUAAUGUGACGUCCUCCGACAGCAGCAGCAGCAGCAGUUCAACUCUGGACAUGGCAGCACGCAGACCAGACCCACAGUGCGAGAAAGACAGAGUCCAGCAGCAGCUGCAGCAGCAGCUGCACCAGCAGCAGCUGCACCAGCAGCAGCAGCUACAGCAGCUGCACCAGCAGCAGCAGCUGCAGCAGCUGCAACAGCAGCUGCACCAGCAGCAGCAGCUGCACCAGCAACAGCAGCUGCACCAGCACCUGCAGCUGCACCAACUGCAGUUGCAGCAGCUGCAGUUGCAGCAGCAGCAGCCACCGCCAGCGAGGCGAGCACGCAAGCAGCGCAUGGACGCCCAGAGGCAGCUGAAGGACCUUGAUGCACAAGAGGACGGAGAAGUCCGUCUGGAAGACGGGGAGGUGGAGGAGGGGCGACGACGCAUCCUCAGCAAAAUAUGGCAGGGCCUCCAAGGAGCUUGGCCUCAUCCACUGCCGCUGCAACAGACUUUGCUGCUGCCCCCACUGCCACAGCCGCCGCUGCCGCCACCACCACCACCGAAUCCGCAGCAGACGCAGAACUUUUUAGUGCUGUUGGAACAUAAUUACUGUCGGCCGGCCUCAUGACCAGCGUGCAAGUCGUGACGGUGCGGUUCCGACGUGAGACGGGGGGGGGGGACGCUUUACGAGAAGAGGGAUUCGACACAGCUCACAGGAGGAGUGGAGUUUCAGGAGAGAAUCGUAUGGAGUAAAACAUUAACUGCAUGGAAAAGUGUUUACUUUUCUAAUGCUGUAAUGCUCACAGGUGGCAGGGAAUUUUGUUUUCUCCAGAGAAUGGUUUAAAAGAAAAGUUGCUUUGGGUGUGGAUGUUUGGGGAUAUGCAACCGUCAUACCAGGAAUUUUCGGAAUGAAACAAACAAUGUGCAUUUUUCUCUGUGACAAGUCUAGGGAUGCGACUGGUAAUGCAAGGCACCAUUAAAUAGUUCUGAGUCUGGAUGAAUAAGAUAAUUUUACGUGAGAUUAUGAUUUGUUCUUCACUUAAACAGCAGCUCGGUAAAAUUAGGGCCCAACACCUUACAACAGCAAUAUGUUAUAGCAGCAACCUAGAAACAAUAUGCAGGCUUGUAGUGUGAGAAAACCUCUUUGGUGUUGUGUAACAGUGGAACCUGUUUUCUUGAAAUCUAACAUUUCCAUGCCAAUUCAUCUCUGGGCAAAUAAGGCCCAGCUAUUUUUUGUUGAAAAUUCACAAUGUUGUGCAUAAGAGGUCAAACAUUAGCGUAGUUCAUCACACACGCGAAGGAAGAUAUAUAUAUUUGUUUUGAAAACAUGAGAGAGAGAGAGAAGCACUAGCAGCCUGCAGCUUUAAGUGUAGCUGUACAAAUACCAACCAACAGCAAUUGGUCAAAUAUCUGGGGGGGGGGGGGGGCAAACCAAGGCAGGCGCCAAAACAGAACUUGUGCAAAUAUAUGCACGACAUGCAGCAAACAAUGCAUCAUUUGUGAUGCCCGUGCCCACAGUUGCCUCUGCAUAUGGCUGGGUGGUGAGCUGAAGGCUCUCUGGACAGGAAUGUGGGUAUGGUGCAGAAGGUGCAUCACAAUAUCAUGUUUUCUAUUUGUUGUGCAUGUAUGUGCGUAAUGUGCCACGUGUGCAUAUGUAGUCUUCUGCACUCCAGAUGGUUAUUGGCAACACUGGCAAUGGCACAUGAGCUUUACGCUUAACAAAUUUUAGUGUAAAAGUCCUUUUGAUGCUCUUAGAAUGUUUUAUUUAAUCUUGAAGACAUCAGCUUGAAGCUCACAUUUCGGGGAGUAGAAAAGGAUGGGGCUAGUGACUGUGUCAUGCUCACCUUGGAGCGAGUUUCAAGUGAGCAGCGCACGGUCUAAUCUCCCAACAGCUGCUAAGUUACUUUCUUGUUCUCAAGAAAUUUCCAAAAUGCACAAUGUGCUGUAAACUGGAUGUCAAAAGUAACCAGGUGGUAUCAUACAAAUCCCAAAUGUUGAAAUAUUAUAUUUAAUUUGCACAUCAUAGCAUUAGAUAUGCAAGGCCGACUGAUCCGCUCAACGGCUGUGGUCAGUCUUGAGCCGCGGGGGGAGAGAGCACCUUUCUAGGUGACUCGCACAACCACCCAGACCCAUUUCACAGCACUUUGUAUCAAUGAAUGGGUUUUGUUUAAUAUUGCCUUUUUUGAUUUCCUGUGUUGCAGUUUCACUCACGUGGUAAUUUUUUUUAAAGUUAACAGAACUUCAAAUUGUUCGUUUUGGUCAAUUGAGUUAAUUUUCAGGUCAUGGAAUCAUUUCGGUGUGUAUUGACAUUGAGAUGGAAGGUAAUUUCCUAAUUUGCCCUCAUAAUUUGUAUUAAUUGAAUGGACACAUUUUACAACGGAAGAUAAAAACAAAUGGAAUCAUUAAUUAUUCUUAGUUUUUUUUGUUUCUAGGAGCUGCUUUACGUCAAAUUUUCUUCAAAAGCUCUUACGUUAUGGAACAUUUACUGUAGUUAUAAUUGGAUUUGUGGUUUUACUUCAGGAACCUGGCAACGUGGGUGAAAUCACACGCGUUUGUUUUAAAAGUAAAGUUGUACGACUUGUUAUGCACGUUUCAGGUUUUUAACUAAACGUGUGUUCCUUGUUGAUUUGCAUUGGGUGAUGUAAACCAAUGUCGCUUCUCAAUAACAACAUUAAAAGUACUUUGUAGGCUGGAGCGUUAACAGUUGCCACCACAUUCUUUGGACAAAAUGGAAGGUUUAUGAAAUGUACAAAUGCAUACUUGUAGAUACGUAGUUUGGUUGCUGGGUGUUUUUGUACAGAUUUUACGACACAGUUUACGUUGAGAGCUUGCAGCCGAGAAUUGUGUACUUACAUGGAUAAAUUAGGAGGCCGCCACCCACUUGGAUAGAACCACAGUCUAAAAAGGUGAGCGUACACGAUGCCAUUAGUUUCUCAAGUCUAGUGCAAUAUUUAAGGAACUGACAGAAACUCGCAACAGCAUUCACAUUUGGGCCGACGUCCGAUUGCAUACGAUGACGCGGCUGGUUAGUUGCCAGCGUCGAUUUUAAAAUCUACAGUAAUUGCUUUUAAUAACCUUUUGGUCAUGCACGUGGACAGCGGAAAUAUACAUUGAAGAAGUUUAUUUUGCUUGAAAGAUAAAACAUAUAUAUGUAAACCUCAAGUUGAAACUAUUUACGCGUGUUAUUUUUUUUGUUCCCGGAGUACGUUAUAUCCCCAGUGUACUUAUUUUAAUGCCAAUUUUGUCGUGAACAAACCUCAAAGUGUUACAGAUGCUCACAAAACCUCAGGUCUGAAAAAUACGUAGGGCUCAAUGUGUACCUUGUCAAAUAUAAUAGCACACUGUAAGUUAUUAUCCCUGCCUAAUUUAGAUCAGGUUUAAUUUAGCCUUAGAAUAGUAAAAUACAAACAGUUCUUAUUUUUGUUAGUUGAUGUCCAGACUUGUUAAGAUAUCCAGAACACCCUAAUAAGGAGUAUGUUGUUUAAAAUUGUAAAAUAUAAACGUCAAAUUUUUGUUUAAUAUUCCUGAAAUAAAUUUGAACCUUUUAAAAAAAAAAACGUUGUUAUGCUUUUAAAGUGCAGUUUUGGAAUAUUGACUUAAGCUGGCUCUCAUUUAUUCAAUUACUACUUCAUUGAAGGCUGUCUUUGCUGAUUUCUUUUUUCAUUUUUACCUGCGAUUAGACACUAUCAACUACUCCAAAAAAUUUAUUUUUGCGCAAAAAAAUACAUUGUCUACGACUUUAUUAAACUUAGAUUUAAAGACGUACCCAUCCGAAACCGCUCAAUUUCAAGAUUCCUUGCUUUUUUAUUAGAACAAAUGAAUGAACUUAAUACUCUGAGAGGAGUUCACCACGUUGGCUUGAGGGGAAGCGCUUGUUUUUUUUUUACCGUUUUCGAAUUCAGAUUUGAACACCAUGAAAUGAGUGUUUUUUUUCGUUCAAAACCGCUUGAAAUCCGAAAUAUCUCAAAAACAAUAAAAGGUAGAACAAUGAUUCUCGCUUUAAUCUUAUUUGCUAUUUAACGCUCUUAUCAAACGAAAAAACCCCGCAAUCUCAUGUUUUGAACGGUUUAUGAAUGACACGCACAAACAUGUUUAAUGGGGCACUUAAAAUCCAUAUUUGGGGGGGGGGGGGGUCUUAAAAUGAAAAUUUUCGGAUUUUCAGAUUGUUCCUGUUUGUGUAUCAAAUUUCAGCUUUCUACCUUGUCGAGAAGUACCCUCGAUGUUUUUGAGAUAUACAGCUUAAGGUCUUGAUCUAGAUCAGUGAGCAGUUUUUACAGCCCAUUGCUGGGAGCUACUGAUAGCACACACACACAGACGUUAAGUGGUUGUGUAGCAUGAAAAAUCAUUCAUAUACAUUAACGUGUAUGUAGGCUUUACGUGUUAAACUCCAUUGGCUAAGGUUGAUAAAACUAAGCAAAGCUGUUCUAAAACGCACCCUCCAGAACAAUUGUGAAUUAUGGAAAUGUAUUAUACAAGGUGUGUACAAUUCAAUGCUUGCGCACAUCUCAAUAGUAAUCGCUAUUAAACAAGGAUGGGGAUCUUCAGGGCCCACUACUCGAACACGGGGACAGACCUGCGAUAUUGUCACUCCCAAGCAUUUUAGCUCUACUAAUUGGGAACUAAAGGCUAAUAUUUUCAACCUCGAAACAUCGUUUCAAAUUUUUGUUGCGCGCUCGCGGGUCACUUCUGUCGCCAUGAGGUCCUCUUACAGUCGGGGGCCCCCUUGCAUUGUGACGGAGUGAACGAGGAGUGUGUUAAUGCGUGACCCUGCCAAGGGUGAUUGAAAGUCCUGUUCAUCAGGAACGUGUUCUCCCCACCCAUUGCUGUGACGUGUUUUGGACGCUCAGGGUUUCCCUGCAUUUAGAAACAAACGUUUAUUUCAGCGUUGUGGCAUUUAAUAUCGUGUAGUUUGCAUCUUUGGUGAAUUAUUGUUUUUAUUGCUAGGGACAGGCAGCAAUCGGCGAUGGUCAUGGUACACGUUAAUAACUAACGUUACAUUGUGCUUCGUGUGGCGUGCAAGAAAUGUCUCUGAUGUGAUGACAUACUCCACCAAAGGUGUGAAUUCGUAAGCCGUGAACGUUCAUUUUAGGGAUCUUAAUGUGACCGAAAUGUGUGCUUUUAUGGCAAAUGGCCAUGCUAGUAAUGAGGGUAGUGUGUGUGUUUUUGUCUUUAAAGCAAAAAAAGUCUGCCAAAGCCAAGCACAGAUGCCUGAGUGAAUGUAAAAUCGAUGGCCAUACAGGAAAGAUUCAAACAAAACCCCAGUCUGGGAAUCGCUUAAACGUGGCCUCAACUGGACAUUAUUUUAAAUUUAAAUUCUGUGCCACAAUGGCUUCAUCACUCAUCUUAAAAAAAUUGUUUUCUUAAAUAUUGUGGCCACAUUGCGAACAAAGUAACGUGUUUUUAAGUGUUAAAAACAUUGCAAUCGGUACAAAAGAAUUUGUUGAUAACCUUAAAAUGAAUUAAAUUUAGCAAAAGGCAUUCAAAUUCAAUUUCACGAUGUCGGGUCACGAUUUGAUUUUUGUUUUGUUUUUACCGUCUCAUUUGUAUUCGUUCUCGUUGUGCCUCGUUUGUACAGUCUCAUUUACUUGCAUAGACUAAAUGUAAUAUCAACAUAGCUUUAGCGUGUAGAUUUUAUUGUCGAUCAUUACGCGCGUGAUUCAAUGCAAGCAUCGCGAGCGUAAGAAUUUAUAUUAAUCGAUGAAUCACAACAUACCCAUUUGGAAUAAAUGGUAACACCUAUGCUAAUAUACAUCUGAAAAUAUGCAACAUGAAUUGCUGCAAUGAGCCCUACAUCUUAUCAGUCAGAGUGAUUGUGAGCUCGUAAUUAUAAGCAACAUAUUACCGUAAGAAAUACAUGUGCAACUAAAACCGGCUGUGCUGAAUACCUGUAAGCUUAUAAUGAAGGCGUGUAUAAAGGUUGCUUAGACGCUAACGUUAUAUUUAGUAUGGAGUGGAACAAUGCAUUGAUUCAUGCGCGAUACAUGCAUCGAAUCACACGUGUAGGAAUCAAUGUAUUUAGAUUAUUGUGAAAGAUAAUUGGUUACAUGACCCCUGAAGCAACUAAAGCCGGUUACAUCCAUCGUAAUGUCAAACAAAACAUAUUCUUGAACCCAAUUCACCACCGUGAAUUAUGAAUGGGGUGGUGAAUCGUUUUAGCCUCAAAGCUUAGUAUACACGUUAAAUUGUUUGACAAAUUCCAAAAGUCUUUGAGAGAAUAAAAACAACCUUCUGCACUUGAUGUAUGAAACGCACGCAGUUUUCCCAUUGGUUGACUCUUUUCGGAUUCGUUUCCUUUAGAUUUGCUUUUGAGUUCAACUUCGAUCUGUGGUUGAUAAAUGAAUGUAUACAAAAAGGUGGUCAUAAUGUUUUGACGAGAUUAAAAUACACAGACUUGGUGAUUACCUAUACGUCGUCAAUACAGAAACAUGUAACAGUGCACUUAUUCUGCUGUUAAUCAAUCAGUACUGGACAGUACUUGGUCUUUUGGAUGAGAGACCUGGGGUUGCAAUGGGAAAGCUCAAAACUUGGACUGGUUACUAAACAGCGGGGAUUUAAAAUAUGCGUAGUGCCAGGAUGGAUGUGGCUAUUUGUGUAUUCUUAUUCUCAAAACGUCUUUACCGCCUUUCUCAUGCUGUGUAUAUAUGUACAAAACUUAUACUGUAUUGUAUACAGUAGAUUAUGUAUAUGCAGUACAUGUAUAUAAAUGAUAUACCUUACAACACGUACAGAAUGCGUCUUAAACUUUAAUUUGACAUGUAUGUCUCAAUAGGCCAUUACAAACACAUAUACUAACAAUUUAAUAUUUCAAUUAAAAUAAAGUCAUGCAACAUUCAUUCACUUGGCUUCAUAAUGUAUUUAAAGGAAACAACGGAAGUGCAUUUAAGGGCAUAUUUAAAUUAAGAAUAAAUAAAUUACAAAUUAGAUUUACAAUUCUGUACAAAAGACACUUGGAUAUUUCAUGACAUUUAAAGCAUACCAUGUUUAGUUAAUGUCAGUAACUAUGGCACUAUAUUAUUCGCAGGCAUAAUUUGUGGGUCUUUUGGCAGACGUGGGGUUAAGCCUAAUCGGGGUCACUUUUGGUAAACAAAAACCAUUUCAAUCUGCCCGACAUGUCCACUUCUUGCACUAACCCUUCCUGUUCACUGCACUGUGCACAAACUGUUAACGCUGAGCCUUGUACAUUUUCAUCUCUCAACAAUUAACGUAAUAAUGUAUAUCUUGUAAAAAAAAAGAGAGCCCGUUGUAGCAUUUGUUUGUUAUACUGGACCCAGUUGUUUUAUACACGUGUACACAAUUGAGUGGGGUUACGUCUUGGUUAUAUAGGUUUAUGUAUAUAAAAUCAAUAAAUGACCCAUUGUACAGUUGCAUACGAUGAAAUAAAACUCUUCU